AUGAGCAUUAUGGACGCGUUGAGCCCAAGAGCAGUCGGCUGCGGCAUUCUGCUGGGCUGCGCAGUGUGUUUCGCGAACAUGUACUUUGGGCUUCAAGCGGGAACCGUGAACGCGAUGCCCAUGCAGAGUACAUUGCUCGGGUUCGCCUUGUUCAGAAGCAUCCGUCACCACCUUUCCAAGUUUGUGACACCCAUGGAGGUCACCACAAUUGAGAUUGUUGCUGGAGCCUUGGGACUGGCACCCUUUACUUCUGGUUUCACUGGCUUGAUCCCUGCCUUGGAAUUCCUUUCGGCACCCAAAGACCAGUCGCCGCCGACUUUCAGUGCGGCCCAGCUGCUUCUUUGGUCGUUGGCUGUCUGUAGCUUGGGCAUCGUCGUUGCCGCUCCCCUUCGCCCGCUAUUCAUUCUCCGCGAGCAGCUCCGGUUUCCGUCAGCCACAGCUACUGGUUCCUUAAUCGGUGCCUUGUUUGGCAGAGCAGACAUCAUCGACCGUGCAGGCAAGGUUGCCAACAAACAAUCGAGCUCGCAAUCUGAGUCAGCUGCAGCGAUCACCGAGCCUUCACAAGAUACAGCCAUCGACGAGGCUCCUACGGACCAAGACCCUGCGAUGGACGAUGUGGGUCAUGCUGUCAAAAUUCUAAUCUUUUCGCUGGCCUGUUCUGGUGUCUUUAGUCUAAUUUCGUACUUUAUUCCGGUGUUGAGGAAUGUGCCCGUUUUUGGGCUUGUGGCCGCCGAAGACUGGCUAUGGGCUCUAGACUUGUCCCCAGCGUACUUUGGAUAUGGGAUCAUCAUCGGUCCUAGCGUCAAUGCAUACUCUAUGCUUGGAGCCGUGGUGGGCUGGGGCAUACUGUCACCUAUGGCCAAGUACAACGGGUGGGCCCCGGGCCCUGUCAGGAAUUGGGACAAUGGGUCCCGUGGGUGGAUAGUCUGGGUGAGCAUGGCACUAAUCCUCGGCGAUUCAGUCGUCGGUCUGCUCUGGAUCACCGGCAGAUCCACAUUGUCAUUUAUAAAGCGAAGCAACAUACACUGGCAGACUUCUGGAAGGCCGCCUCGCCCAUCCUCUGAGGAACAGUCGCCAUUGCUCGGCGAUUCGCACAUGGCAGCACCUGAGGCUGGGACGCGAAUUUCUGACCACAAUAUCGAUGACAGAUGGCCAGAAGCAUCCAUUACCACAACAAGCUUGAUCCUGAAGACAUCGGUCUUCCUCCUCCUUCUAUACUUCGGAGUCAUGUUCUUGGUCUUGAAUCGGUCCAUUUACACUGGCGCAAUUCCCCUGGUUGUCGCGCUUGUGCCGUUUGCUGGAUUCAUAUCUAUGCGUUCACUUGGAGAAACUGAUAAUGGCGCGGGUCUCGCAAUAGCCAGGUUGGCACAGUUUCUCAUUGGACUUGUGGUUCCCACGCCAAGCCCGCAAUUCAUAUCUACAAACCUUUUGCUCGGAGGUGUUGUUGAGGCCGGAGCUUCUCAGGCUUCCCAACAUAUGGGGGGUCUGAAGACGGCACAUAUGACCAGAACUCCGCCUAGGGCUGUCUUCUUCGGACAAAUGAUUGGAUCUUUCAUUGGAGCAAUAGUCGCCACCAUCGCGUAUCGAACAUAUACUACCGUGAAGACCAUACCUAGCCAAGAGUUCGAGCUCCCUGACGGACAAUUGUGGCUCUUUGCAGCUCGGCUUUUUCACCACGAGGGGCUCCCAACAGGUGCUCUGGAAUUUGCGACAGUGGCAUUCUUCAUUGGCUCAUCCUUCAGCAUCCUUAGGAUCCUGGGAUCUGAUCGUUGGUGGAGCCCAUUUAUUCCCUCCAGUGUCGCGGUCGCCAUAGACGUCAUGAUCCUGGCUGUGGCACUCCAAAAAAGAACAAACACCCCCGCCUGCCCGACCACCCGCCCGUGCACUUUUGCAACCGUUGCUCUUUGCCCGCAUGCGCUGUCUGCCAUCUCACCAACACCUCAGGCUACACAAAUAGAUGAAUUUAUAUAUGUGAUCAUGUUUGGAUUGCAGCUUUCUCGCUGGAUCCCAUACAGUCUGUGUAGGAUUAUUACCAUCACGAGCUGGGUCACCGACAUCAACUGCGCACUAUCAAACCCUUUUGAGGCAAAUAUCAAUACAAAAACGGCAAUCACAUCCAACAAUAUGGAAGUUAUAGGUGGGCCAGCAAACUUCUGGCUCUACUCGAACAAAACUGGGUUUGACCUUACUCACCCGCCCACACCAGACGACCCACCCAUAUUCCCGCGCAUUUCACUCAAGACAACAACAGACACCGUCGCGAUCGAUCCUUCUAAGACAGCACUUGUCGUGAUUGAUCUAGAGAAUUACUUCCUAUCUCCUGCCCUUGGCCGACCUAAGGAUGCGGUAGGUAUGGAGGUCGUGAAGAAACUCGUGCAGAGCACUAUACCAGCGUGUAGGAAGGCCGGGAUUCCUGUCGUAUGGCUGAAUUGGGGCUUAACGGAUGACGAUAUCGACACUAUGCCGCCUACCAUACUCAAGGGCUUCGGUGCGGAUAUUAACUUUGUCGACGGGGAGAAGCGCAUUGGAUCUCUGGGAGAAGAUAUCGGCAAACUGGUGCUGGAGAACGGCAUGGUCAUCGACGGUGGAAGAAGCCUAAUCAAGAACCAGUGGAACACAGCCCUAUAUCAACCCCUCGCAGACAAGGCUGAUCUAGACCAAGAUAUAUGGAUCUACAAGAAUCGGUUGUCAGGCUUUUGGGGAGGCACGGGCAUCGAAGACGCCUUGAAGGCGCGGGGAAUUCGGACACUACUUUUCUCCGGGGCAAACACCGACCAGUGUGUCGGUGGUAGUGUCCAGGAUGCCUUCACUAAGGGCUGGGACUGUCUCAUGCUCAGUGACGCAUGUGCUACUACGAGCCCAGCUUUUGCAAAGGAGAUGAUUGAGUUUAACAUGGCAGGAGGUUGGGGUUUUGUGCUGACGACCGAGCAAUUUGCAGAGGGCGUGGAUGAUGUACAAGCAUCGACAGAUGCCGCAGGUUUUCCGUAUCAAAAUAUUGCAGAUGAAAUCGAAUAUUCCAAGCUCGGCGUAUUUUCCGGUGAUGAGCAGCUGCUUCUGACCUCUCUGCAGGGGCUGCUCAACCGGCAGCAACCCCGCCUUUACCUGGAUUGGCCCCAACUGCGUGAAGAAUCCGACGACCUAGUCAACGAAGCCUGGCUAAAGCAAAUCGAAGCCAGUGGUGUUCAAAGCGUCGAUGUGACGAGUGCUCCUUUCCAAUUAAUCGACAAAUACAAGUCCAAUAUUCGUGGUGCCAUUGUCUAUGAUGUCGAAGUACCAGAUACGAUCAACUUGGCUUCGACAAUGGCUGGGAUUUUUGAUGCCGUUCUGGGGACCGAGGAGCUGGCGCGACGUUAUGAUAUACCCAUCCUCGAGGAUCUCAGAGGUCGUUUCCAUGACAAGCACGAGGUGUACGAAUAUGCAUCCAGUUACGUAUGGCCAAAUGUCACUGAUCGCCUCAUCACGGCGAUCAAACCUCUUUCCACCACUCUAUACGCCAACAGGACCUGGGAUACACUCUUGAAAACCAACUCGUCCGUAACUGAUGCAUCCAACAACGGUACAUAUAGAAUCGAUUUGACUCGAUUCAUCAACCGCAGUAAUACCGUUUAUGUCAACAUCUCGGAUGCAUUCCCAACAAAUGGCUACGGGCCAUCAGUCUACCAUGUGAGCCUUACAGCGGAUGGAAACGAAACCAUAGCCGACUUUCAGCCUGGUACCGAUGCUGAAGACCCUUUCUUAUUUGACGACGGCGGUUCACACUUGGCCGAUUAUCCUGGAGGAUGGCGGUUUGCAGACGGCACAUCGUCCAUUGUCUACAAAUUUGACUAUCCGUCCCGGGUAACUCAUCUGACAAUAACCUUGUCGAUGUGGAAUCAGUUCCAUGUAUCGGCAUCAGCAUCACAGCCUGGUUACCAGGGAGCGAACGCGAUAUUCCGCGACUAUAUUGUGGCCACAGCGGCUCCAUGUGUUUGGCUGGAUAGCAAUCGGCCGCAAGAAGCGGCACUGCUCGACAACAUUCUGCGUCAAUUCCAGCCCAACACAGCGUACCUCGGCUGGUUUCCGAACGGGGACGAAAUGAGCGGUGUUACACAGCUGGCAAGGCACGGCGUGUACGUGGCCGCCACAGACUUCUACUUCAACCCUACCAUAUUCAGUGGAUUUAAACCAGGAGACCAAUCUCGACAGCCUUCACAGACAGAGACAUCACCGCGUUCUCCCCGGAGAAACAGUACCAAGAUCUUCCUGUCUUUAGUCUACCUCGAAGGCGACAACAUCCAAUACGACCAGCGCCGCAUGUUCACACACUGGAACGACGCUGCAAGGGGCACCGUCCCACUCGGCUGGACUAUCUGUUGGUAA